GGGUCCUGCAGCUCUGUCUGCAGGUGAGCCGGCCGGGGGCCCGGCAGGGCCGCGGUGGGAGCGGGGCAGCGCCUUCCGAGGGGCACUGGUCGACCGGUGGAGACCGAGACCGUCCAGGCCGUGCUCGCCGGGGGUCGUGUCGCCCAGCACCUUAUACGUGAAAAUUAGAGCUGGAGCAGUAACCGCUCCAGGUAGCACCAGAGGUGUUCAGUGCAGGAUGGUUUGUAAGGGCGGCUCUGAGGGGUCUCUGCCGCAAGGAAUCUCUCAGAGAAGAAGGUCUGCAAGGGAAACGUGAACUUUAUGGUAAGAGGAAAGAAUUAGGCAGAAAGGCAGCGUGUAAACAUUGACCCCUUUUCAUGAAAAAAGUAAAAGUUCACACUUAGCAAAAGGAUUGACCCAGCUGGCCCCGGAAAUAGUAGGUGCUUAAGCUGAGUGGGAGGACUGCAGGGUUUUGUUUUUGUAUUUUUAUGCUGCUUUGUAUUUUAUGAAUUUUGUUCAUUGAGCAUGUAUUUCUUUUAAUUUUGGAAAAGAUAUGUUUACAAAUGUCAAAGUGUCAUUCUCUACACGUUAGAAACCUAAUUCUCGUGCAAAGAGGGAGUGCUUGUCAGCUUGUGUUAACUCACUGAGGAAGGAGCCAGCAGGAGGAAGGAGCUGGCUCAGGGGCCAGUGAGCUGCAGGAAUGCUGGGCGGGGCGGGCCUAGGGGCAUCCUGUGAGGCAGUGACCACAGCCUCUGGAUUAUCUUCCCUGGGGGCGGCGGCGAGAGGAGAGUUAUUGCUGGUUAUCAAAGUUGCCAGGUAGGCCUCCCAGACUGUGAAGCCCAGGCCAGUCCCCGCUGAAUGAGCUGUGCUGUCUCCUUUGCAAAGUCAAGUGACUCUCUGAGGUCGUGCGCAGUAACCCAGGAUGAUGUAACAAAGCAGGCUGUUUCCCUCUUGUCGACUGCACAUCCCAGAUUGGGAUCAGUUUAGCGCCCAGUGAACAGAGGAGCUCAGAGAUGUUCCUGUGUCCGUGUCAGAGCUGCAGGGGCCCUGGGGGCUGGAGUCCCAGCCUAGGGACUGGCCUGCCAGUCAUGGCAGCACUGGAACCAACACUCUUAACUUCCUCAGAAUGCCUGGUGCGGUGCAAUGGAACAGCUGAAAGCACCAAAUCCUAUAAAGGAAAGAACGGUGCAAGGUUUGUAGAUAGAUUUUUCCUGCAGAGUCGAGGGGGACGGGCUCUCUGUCCCCAGGGGUCACUCCUCUCGCAGCUACAGGGCAGUCUGAGCGCCUGGCUCCUGAAGAAGCCCUAGUCUGGGGCUCCAGGUGAGCAAGUGGGCAGCAGGGGAACGGGGCGCCCCCAUGUCACCUGUGCCCUGGAAGGUGAGGGGAGGCAGUCAGGGCGGGUGGGCGCAGAGCCUUCCAGAACAAGUCUGACUGCACUGGGGGCACCACCCAGCCGAGGGGCAGCAGUGCCUCUGCGGGGUUUGGGGGGCCACCUGGGUCCCCCAGCCUGCAGCAUCCCCAGGACCCAGGGUGACAGGUUGGACCAGACCAGCUGGCCCAGAAACGCUGUCGUGUAGGAGGGAGUGUGAGGAGGAGGUUUUGAGCAUGGAUCAGGAAGGGGACGUGUUUGUGGGGGUCUGAAGGGUGCUGAGUAUUGGGUCUUGCAGGGAGCCGUGUCUCUGAUGACCCAGGGGCUCCCCUGCCUCCGCUCUAGCUCAGCUGAGACCUUAACCCAUUUGCAUUUCUUUCCUCAGAUGAGACACUGUCUUUAGAAAGGUUACCUAGAGUCUGAAGGACCCAGAAGCCAGUCAGGUUUCUCUGUGGCAUGACUUUGAAAGAAUAGUGUUUUUCUCCUCGAUUUCUGGGUCCUUGGAGCCAGUCCCCUAUUACCCACCUGGAAUGCUGGCUCCAUCCCUGCCCCCCACUCCUUCCUUCUGUACCUCCCCCCACUGCUCUUGUCUCAAGCACAUGGUCAGAAGCAGGCAGACCCAGUACUGGGGUCCCUGUUCUUGCUUGUUGCAUGUCCCAGGAGGCUGGAGGCUGGGGAGUGCCUCCUGUCUCCUUCCCCUCCCAGUCCCCUACCCACCCCUUGGCCCCACGUGCCUCCUGCUGCUUGUUGGAAGAGUUAGGGAGGGGAGGGAGGGAGAAGACAGGGGCUCAUGGUCGGCUGUUUGCAGACUUUCCAGGAUAAUCGGAUGUCUUUUUUUAAUCUGACUUACAUUUACAAGCACCUGCAGCUCAUGGUAAGCCCCUUCAGUUAUGCCUGGUUUAGGAAAAGGAAGGCUCUGAACAUCCCUCCGGAGAGUCUCAGAAUUUUACACCUAGAGGAGACUGGGAACCAGGCCAGUGCAGUGGUCCUGCACCUCCUUGGGGCAGCUGGGCACUUAAGAAGUAGCCAAGUCCCCUCCAAGGCAGUGGCGUCAGAAUGCCUGGGGGUGGCAGGCCUGGACGUACCCCCAGAAUAGAGAGAAGACAGCAGAGCUGCGGGCGAUUCAGUGCCCCAGGACCAGAGCGCUGAGGUCCUGAUCAUGUGCCAGCCCAGGCCCCACGGAGUAGCUUCUUGAUUUGAGGCAAAUAACCAAGCCUGGGCUGUCUUACGGGAGUUGAAGCCUACCUUUCCCCAUUUACCAAGUUAAGAGACCUAAUUGAUCUGCUUGGCAUACAGUAGGUGCUUCCUGUUAGCUCCUGAUGUCCCACAGCGCUCUGUUUGUGUCUUUGGUUUCUAUAGUCAGAUACUGGGGUCCUGCUUUCUUAGCUUCUAAGCAGUGAAACCAAGACGAGAACUCGCUGUUCUGUCCCAGGGCCCUGGAGGGCCCCUCACCUUCCUGAGCACCAGCCCUCGUUCUAGUCAGUCUCGGGGACCCUCCCGUUUCAAGGCAGAGGUUCCAAGGAAGAGCGUCGUCAGAUGCAAGUGCAGUCGUCCGGCAGUUCCUGUGUUGUUCGCGGUCGGAGACGGGUGCACAAGGGGCCCUGAGGCCGUGGCCCUGACUGCGUUUUCAGGGACCAGAGGCAGCGUGUGGACCUGGCUCUCCUCUGACACAGGCACCAGCACCAUGAGUCUUGUAAGUGACGGCGGGGCGGCAAGGAGCAUCUUUGACCUGGACUAUGCCUCCGGGAAGAUCCGCUGGACGCUGACGGUGGCCGGCUUUGUCUUCUACCUGGGCGUCUUCGUGGUCUGCCACCAGCUGUCGUCCUCCUUGAAUGCCACCUACCACUCCCUGGUGCCCAGAGAGAAGGUCUUCUGGAACCUGGCGGCCACGCGUGCCGUCUUCGGCAUCCAGAGCACGACGGCAGGGCUGUGGGCGCUGCUGGCGGACCCGGUGCUCCAGGCCGAUCGCGUGCUCGGCCAGCAGAACUGGUGCUGGUUUCAGAUCACCACAGCCACGGGGUUCUUCUUCUUCGAGAACGUGGCCAUUCACGUGUCACACCUGCUGUUCCGCAACUUCGACUUCUUCCUGGCCACCCACCACCUCUUCGCCUUCCUGGGGUUUCUUGGCCUGGUGGUCAACCUGGAAGCCGGCCACUAUCUGGCCAUGGUCACCUUGCUCCUGGAGAUGAGCACGCCCUUCACCUGCGCCUCCUGGAUGCUCCUGAAGGCCGGCCGCGCCGACUCCCCGCUCUGGAGGCUGAACCAGUGGGUGAUGGUGCACCUGUUCCACUGCCGCAUGGUGCUGACCUACCACAUGUGGUGGGUGUGCCUGCGCCACUGGGAAGGCCUGGCCCGCAGCCUCUUCCCGCCGCACCUCGCACUCUUCCUCGUGGGGCUGGGCCUCCUCACGCUGGUCAUCAACCCCUACUGGACCCACAAGAAGACGCAGCAGCUGCUCACCCCCGUGGACUGGAACUUCGCAUCCAGGCGCCCCCAGCCCGCCCGCGCCAACGGCCAGCCGCCGCGGAAGAAGGCGCAGUAGCCCUUCAGAGGCUGUUCCUUGGCCCGGGGACACUGACCUGGAGCAGGACGAGGGGCUCCCACCUCCAUUUGCCCCGGGAGAGACUGCUGCGCUGUGCUGACGGCCUUGCCUGCUGGGCUCGCCCCGUGAGCACCGCGCCUCCGCGUGUGUGUCCGGGGAGGGGCCGCGUGGCGGGACACACCUCGGAACCUGCUCUUAUCCACAGCCCCACCCCUGGUAGUGGGAAAGGGUCGUCCUCAGACAGGAAGUUCUGGGACCUGUUUCCCUGAUGGGCGAGGGGAGCUGGUCUCGGCAGCGCCCCUGGUGGUGGGCGUGGGCAGUGACCAGCCUAGACGGGAGCAAAGGGGCUUCCCAUGGGGCCAGGGAGGCUCAUCCAGAAGAGUUUUGUUUCCCUGUCGUGUUGCUCGGUCCACACAGCAGGGGAGACGUGACUAAUCACAUUUGUCUAGAUUUUACAGCUGUUUUUAAUUCACUACGUUGCCAGUAGGUGCCCCAGCCAGACUGUAACUCAGAGGUGGGUGUCUCCGUGUGGAUUUCAGGUCAGGGUGGUGGUCACUUUCCCUGGGCUGCAGGGCCCUCCGGACAGCGCCAGGCCCCAUUUCCUCACCUCCUGAGGGCGAGCCCCGUCACCACCCUCGCUGAGCAGGGCCUGGCGGGGUCUGCCCACCGUCGCACAGUGUUACUGACAGCUGUACGAGCAUCUUGUUCUUCCCGAGAGUGUGCAAUUAAGUGAGAUUAAAUGCAAUUGAAAUGCAAGUUGAAA